UUUGUUGGGUAGCCACAGAGAGAGAUUGAACGUGACUUCUCUGCGCUUAAAGGAGCCACGAUUGCUAAGUUGAAAAUUUGAGAUUCUGUCGAGAUCAACGUCUGCAGCUAAACUGAAAGAAAAAUGAACAACACUUCUACUACGGAUCAGUUUCUUCCUCAGUCUAACCCUGGAAUGACAACAGUGAAGAGACUUCUUCCAAUUUCAAUAGCCAUUAUUUUCUCCAACGGACUAGUGUUCGCCUUGUUUUGCAAACGAAAAAGUCUUCGAACGUCAUCCAAUUACUUGCUGCUUGGUUUGGCAAUUUGCGAUUUCUUAACAGGCGCUGUAAACAUUCCAUACUUCAUAGUUUUUAGUUUCCAAGUUGUUCCACUUAACAUGCAAAAGAACUACAAUUACUGGUUGGUCAUCAUACAUAACUUUAUGGCUGUAACGGCCGCUUACCACCUCCUCGUUAUCACCGCGGAAAAAUUUUUGGCCAUCACCAAACCACUAAAACAUUACCUUGUAACUAAAAAAACGGUUUUAAAAUCAUUAGCUGCUAUCUGGAUCUCGUCAACGGUCAUAGCCAGCAUCCCAUUAGCUUGGAAAAACAGUCAAAUGCAAUUGCUGUUUUCGGUCAUCUAUUUUUCGGUGUGCCUUGUUUUCGUGUUUGUUAUUCCAUAUGCGUUCAUGAUUUAUGCCUUUGUAGUCAUGUUCAAGGCGAUCACCAGCAAAAGAAGACCAUCUUCCAUUCCCAGAAGGGUUGCAUCAGGACUGACAUGGGGGAUCGUCAACGAUAGAAAGUGUAUUUUAAUUUUCGCACUGAUGGCAGCAAUAUAUGUGAUUUGUUGGUUGCCAUAUUUUACCAUCGGGCUGGUUAUCGGUAUCAAAAAUUAUCUCUGCAUGGAGUUGACGCAACCGGUUAAUAAAGCCACUGAAAUUAUUGUCCUCGUUCGAUACAUAACUUCCUUUACUAACCCACUCCUCUACACGUUUUUCAAGCGCGACUUCUGGCGGACCUUACGAAAAAUUUCCCAUAAGAAAGAGUUUAUUCAUGGUAGGAGUAAGUCCUCGAAACAAAGAGAAUGGUUCCUGCGAAAGAAAUCUGUUGAAAACAGUACCACGUUAUCUCGGCUUUCUUGGAUUACGGCAGAGGCUAAAGACGCAAGUAACGUGAAAGGAAGCAUCUCAGAAGAACAAAUACUCUUCGUGUCUUCUGUUUGAAAGCAUUAGCAUUCUCUUGAUAGCUAGAAAGUGGGAUCUGAUGAAGUUUGUUGGUAUAAUUAAACGGAAUUAGUGUUCGUAUCGCUGGUGCUCGCACUUAAUAUUCUUCUCUUUUUUUAAUUUGUUACUAUCGUUAUCAUUCUAGUUCUGAUGGUAAAUCUACGGGAGAAAGACUAAUUUCUCAGGACUCUUAAUGAUCCACUGUCAGUGUUUUUUUGGUAGCGUAAUAUGAUAAUCUGAAUAGAAUGUUAAGGAACCGAAUUGAUGAGUUAUGAGCCAAAAUAGUUGACAAUUUUAUAAAUAAUGUAACUUGAUAAUACUCUAAACGAAACCGCGAAUUAUCCGUUAACGAGAUGAGGGAAAAACAGCAAGCGCCUUCUAAAAUAAAAAUAACGGAGCUUUAGUUCGGGAGGCAGGGUAGCGGAGCCACAGGCAUACCUGAGAUAUAUGGUUACCCACCAAGUCGAUAGAUAAGGUUAUCACAACAUCAUCGUCGUUCUGUACACUUUCAUGGAUGUGUUUCGUUAAGUCAUUUGAUACGUACACAAACCGAAAUAAACUUUAUAUUACACUAGAUGAAUACAAGUUUUGGAAUUCUAUCGAAAGGCAGUCUAUGAGAUAUCCCGCGAAUAGGUUGCUUUUAUCUGUGUCUAAAAGGAGCCGAGGCGAUCGUGUUGCCUGACAAAAAAAAGGAGGAAAAAGUAGAGUGUACACGGUUAGACGCCUGAAAGCCUGGCAGGGCUAACUUCCUCCAUGGCGUUGCAAAACUGAUACAUGGUAAAGCUUCUUGUAAUCAUUUGGGUUCGGUUUUAAACUAAGGGAUUAACGUUUGGGAGGUUGAAGAACGAAACGAAGGGUGUAACGGAUUAUUGCGGACUUCUGCAGAAACCCACGAAUUGAAAAUAAAAAGUUUUAGUUCACAUUUUGUACCUUUCAUUUUCACAUUUCCACACAAAUCAAUGAUCCCAUCCGCCCAUCAUAGAAAGAAUUGGCUCUGCAUUACACACAACAACAACAACAAAGAUCGAGGCCACGCGAAACAUGCCCCUUGAGAGACCUGGUACAAGGUCGGCCAAUCCCAGCAUUCAUUUGGACGUGCU